AACACUGACACAACGCAUCACUUGAUGCUAAGGUCGUGAAAUGAGCAAGUAGAAAGUAGUUUCUUUUAAAAUGUAAGGCUAAUUUCUGAAAAUUGACUAAAAAUGACAACAGAACUUCCCCCAAGUCUCAUCCUAAAGAACAGAAAGAAAACUCAAGACAUGAUCACAGUAGCGGAUAUGAGAGUGGUGCCAACAGCAAAGGACCAAGGCACCAACAGGCACCAAGGACGAGAUGUGGCGCCAUGGUGGCGGCCGUGAAGCGAAACGCCUUCAUCAUCACCAUGAUGCUGUACUCAACGAUUGACUCCCUGACUAUGUCUGUUCAUAGUCAGUACCGAUACAGAUUUUUUCACCAGCUGCACGAGGACGAGCUUAGCAGCUACAACGACAGCGGUCAGUGUGGAGAGGAACUACCCGAGGAGAAGGCCAUCGAGAACAAGAUCAGCCAAGAGACCUCCAUGUGGAAUAUGUAUGACCUUCUCGUCGUCAUGCCAACUCUGAUGGUGGCUUCUGUUGUUCUGGGGAUGAAGUCGGACCAGAUCGGUCGACGUUUUUUAUUCCUCUUCCCUUUCGCAACGAGUUUGGCAGAGUGUGGCUUGUGGAUGGCGGUCAUCUGGUUCAACCUACAUUAUGGAUGGACGCUGAUUGGCACUUUCUUGUGGGCCGUUUCUGGAGGAAGCAUUAGCAUGAACUUUGCCUCCUUAGCGCUCAUCUCCGACGACUAUGGCAACCCUGAAGACGAAACGACCAAAGAACCGGUCAGAGACGGGGCGCAGAAGACUGCCGAGUCGGAAGACACGGACCUGGAUUUUUCCAGAGAGGAAAGUAGGACUUUUAAGUUUGUUCUUGUAGACAUCAUCACCAUGGUAGGCUCCAGUGCCAUGGGCUUCGCCUCAGGUUAUAUCAUAACUGGACUAGGGUUUUUUCUACUCCAUGGUUGUCGUUUUAGUCUUCAAUUUUACCAUUUUUAUUUUUGCCUUCGUUUUCAUUGAGGAGUCUGUCCAGCAGAAGAAGAGCAUCAGCUUCAUUCUUCCGCUAAAGAUCAUCUACCGAGCAUUGAAGGACCCCCGCAAAAGGCUGACCAUUAUUUUCAUCAACGUGGCCAACGUGCUGACCAUCUUCGCUUACGUCAGCGAGACGAACGUCUUGCGCACUUAUCAGAUGAGUCCCCCAUAUUGCCUCGACUCGGAGGAGCUCGGGUGGAUCGCUGGAGAGAAUAGGGUGAUUAGCCUCUUUACCAUGCCUGUGCUUUGGUUCUGGCAGCGACUCCACUUGUCCGAGUCGACCAUUGCAGCCAUUGGAAUGGCUUUUGAGACUGCUAGUCAGUUCCUGAUGGCCACUGUGCGUCUGAAAUGGGUCUUCUUUGCCGCCCCAUUCAUCUCCAUUCCGGGGAAACUGGCAGGAGUGAUGGUAAAAACGAUCACGUUCUCGGAUGAUUGGUCGAAGAGCUUUGGCUUCUACAUUCGCCCUGAUAAUGUUAUCCAUGGAGAUAUCUUCCGUCAUUGGAAAUGUGACGACCAACUACGUGUACCAGUACACAGUGUCCACCGUGCCCACAGCCUUUCUCUACCUCGCUGGCUCCUCCUUCACUGCUGCCGGCAUCUUCUACAUAGCGGAGACAAUCCACCAAUGGCGACGUCCGACUGCACCGAUUGUUGAGAUGUCCUUUCCCGGCUAAAGCUCGGAAAAUAUUACAAAAAGAGUGUGUGGUGGGAGUGUGAGGGUUACAAUGACUAGGAAACACAAAUGUUAAGUCAAGGAAUUUUCCCUUUAGUUUUUUUAAGGUUUUUGGGGUGCUGUAAUCUCUAAAAUAUUUUGAUUUGUACCUCUAGUACGAUUAAUGGAUUGUUCUUUACUCUCGUUCUUUCUGACUAUAAUACACAACUGCGUGUGGAUCCGUAUUAUUUGUAGUAAUUAACAAAGAAUGGUUAUCAUCACCUUUCCUUCUAUAAUAAAAUAAAACAAUCGUUAUAGUUUCAAACUGAUAUUGUCAAGGCGUUUGGAGCAUCACAAUAAAACAAAUCUUGAAUGACUAAGAGUUGUUGACUCAUAAAUUCAAUCUAGGGACUAAAACGAAUGAAUCCAGUCGCAAAAGAAUAUGUGAAAAAAUACAGGCUCUUCUUAAAAAAAUC